GUCCUGCACUGUCGCUGCUCAAAAUGCUUUACUGUCCCACCCAAGCGGAGGGUGAAACGACGUCCGCGCCUGCUAACGCUGCUCAACCUUCCAGAAGAUGUCCUCUUGUAUAUCCUGGAAUGCCUGCCUGCAACAGAUAUCCUCUCUAUGCGAAAUGUUCAUCCUCACUUGAGGUCCCUGGUGGACACUCACAGCAGUGUUUGGGCCCGAGCCUGUUUUCAAGAUGUGUGGCCUUCUCCUGAAAACCUGCAACUCUUUGAAAGGGCAGCAGAAUGUGGGAACUUUGAAGCUUGUGUGAAGCUGGGAAUCGCGUACUUGUAUAAUGAGGGCUUGUCUAUGUCAGAUGAUGGCCGAGCUGAGGUGAAUGGGCUAAAGGCCUCCCGCUUUUUUGCCUUAACUGAAAAGCUGAAUUCUUCUGCAUACCCCUUUGUCUGGCUGUUUAUUCGGCCCCCUUGGUCAGCCUCUGGAAGCUGCUGUAAAGCUGUAGUCUUUGAUAGCCUAAAGGAGGAGUGCCAAGGGGAGGCCAAGGAGGGAGAAAGCAUUACAGGGGGUCUCCAGGGAUCUAUACAGUAUUGUCUGGCAAAGGUCCUAAGCCUGUUUGAGGAUGAGCAACGAAAGAAAGAAGCUUUAGGAAUGCUGGAGGCAUCAGCUGCUCAGGGCUGCCUGCACAGUUCCUUCCUCCUAUGGGAAUCCAGGCACAAAACUGGUGCUAUAUCUGACCCUGGAAGAUACCUACAAAGCCUACGGCAGUUGCGGGACUUUGCAGUUCGAGGUUGCUGGGAUGCUCAGAUUUCCCUUGCCAAGUCCUGCGGGCACAAGAAUCAGCUGGGACAGGAGUACAGGGCAGCUUCUGAACUGGUCUCGCAUGUCUUCCAGUCCUCUGUUCCCAUCAGCAAGGCCAGCAUUUUCACCAAGCAGAAGGGGAUGAAUGACACCAUGCGGUAUAUCCUUAUAGACUGGCUGGUAGAAGUGGCAACCAUGAAAGAUUUCUCUAGUCUGUGUCUACAUAUGACUGUAGGGUUAGUAGAUCGGUACUUGAAGCUGCGUAGCGUACCCCGAGCACGGCUUCAGCUAGUGGGCAUCGCCUGUAUGGUAAUCUGUACGCGGUUUAUUAGUAAAGAGAUUCUGACCAUCCGAGAAGCUGUAUGGCUGACUGAUAACACUUAUAAAUAUGAGGACCUGGUACGAAUGAUGGGAGAGAUCAUCUCUGCGCUGGAGGGAAAGAUUAGGGUGCCCACUGUAAUUGACUACAAGGAUGUUCUGUUUCAUAUUGUAUCGGUGGACAGGAGCACAAUGCAUCUCUGUAGCUUCAUCUCUGAGCUCUCCCUGCUCUACACAGAGCUCUCUGUUUAUUCUCCGGCUCAGCUUGCUGCUGGCGCCCUGCUGCUAGCCAGGAUCCUGCACAAACAAGCCCUUCCUUGGCCUGCCCAGCUGGUAGAAAGUACAGGCUUCACGCUGGAACAUCUCACCCCUUGCGUUCUUCUCCUGCACAAGAAGUGCUUCCAUGAUGAUGCACCUAAAGACUACAGGCAAGUGUCCCUCACUGCGGUGAAACAGAGGUUUCAGAAUGACCUCUAUGGUCACAUCAGCACUGAAAAGGUGAUGGACUACAGCCAGUUAUGUGCUUUGCUCGGGAUUUCCAUCCAGGAUUCUGAAAACUCUACAACAAUGCCUAAACUCCCUGAUGGCCAUCCCUUUCUGUGUUCUCCUGCUGGGAACAAGACUAAAAGACGUAGAGAGGAUAGCCUGCAAGAAGACCGGGAUAGUUUUGUGACCACACCCACUGCAGAACUAUCCAAUCAGGAAGAAGCACUGCUUGGAGACUUCUUAGACUGGAGUCUUGAUUCUUCUUGCUCUGGCUAUGAAGGGGAUCGGGAAAGCGAGGGAGAUCGAGAAGGUGAUGUCACUUGUCCCAGCGGUAUCCUAGACAUCUCCCUGAUCAACCCAGAAGAACAUCACUGCCAGGACUCCAGUGAUGAGGACGCAACAAACCUUCCGCUGCUACCUCCAAAACCAGACCUCUCAUUUCAUCCUGUGAUAAUCGGCACAGACAAUAGUUCAGGCUACUCAUCAGUCAGCAGUCCCACUACUUCUCCUGCUGGCCUUCCCUUUACCCCAACCCCAGGACUACCCCACAACAAGCCGACCCCUAUCCCUUUCCCCCAGCCCAGCCCAACUCAUUUCAAGGCUUCCCGAAGGCAAGUGAAGAGGAAAAACCAAGCACAGCACAGUGACGAAAAUGUUGCUGAUCCCUUGUAA